UGAUUGUUCUCUCCCUCCGACAGUAGUCAUCUCUAUCCUCCAUUUCUACUCUCUUACCUGUUAUGCUUCCCGAUGGCACUCGUUUCCGUCUCUUCAGUCUAUCUUAAAACCCUAAAAGCCUCAUCUUCUUCUUCUGGGUCUCGAAAUCCUCGACGAACUCUGUCGAGGCCUUGUCUCGUUGUUUGUCAUGCUUUUCCGGAUUCUAGUUCUACUGAGCCGAAGAAGUGGAAGGCACUGCUUUCAACCGCAUUGGCAGCAGCAAUUAUAAAUUUCAGCCCGGCAAUGCCCGCUCUCGCCGAUCUCAAUAAAUUCGAAGCGGACGUGCGUGGGGAAUUUGGGAUUGGUUCUGCUGCUCAAUUCGGUUCUGCUGAUCUUAAGAAAGCAGUUCACAUGAACGAGAACUUCAGACGUGCGAACUUCACGGCUGCUGAUAUGAGGGAAUCUGACUUCAGUGGUUCAACAUUCAAUGGUGCUUAUCUUGAGAAAGCUGUUGCAUAUAAGGCAAACUUCACAGGUGCGGAUUUCAGCGACACAUUGAUGGAUCGCAUGGUUCUUAAUGAAGCCAACUUGACAAAUGCUGUGCUUGUUAGAUCUGUUCUCACUCGCAGUGAUCUUGGUGGUGCAACCAUUGAAGGUGCUGACUUCAGUGAUGCUGUCCUAGACCUUCCUCAGAAGCAGGCUCUGUGCAAGUAUGCGAGUGGGACGAAUCCUAUCACCGGGGUGAGCACAAGAGUAAGCCUAGGUUGUGGAAACAGUCGUAGAAGUGCAUAUGGGACACCAUCUUCCCCUCUGCUAAGUGCUCCACCCCAGAAGAUGCUUGAUCGGGAUGGUUUCUGUGAUCAAGGCACUGGUCUCUGUGAUGCCAAAUGAUCAGGCUACAGAACAACACUACAUACAAAUUGUGUAUAGAUGUGAUUAGAGAAUGGAAAUGCUCAAACUUAUUAUCCCUGUUUAGCCAAUACAAUUCAUGGAUGAUUCAAGUGUUAAAAAUAUAUUGAUACCA